AUGGGUUUAUUUCGCCGUUUGAAGACGAGCGGGAAGAAGAAAAAAGGGCCAGCGAGCGACAAGCAAACCGAGGAGCCACCAGAGGAGUUGUUCUCGACGGCAGGCGCAUACGGACUCAAAACGGUAGCGGAAGGAGCGACUGAUACCGUAGAUAUCGUAUUCGUUCAUGGCCUCACUGGAAACCGCGAAACCACAUGGACGUACAAAAACUCCAUCUUUUGGCCCAAAGACCUGCUCGCGAAUGACCUCAAACACGUGCGCAUCUUCACGUUUGGCUAUGACGCAGAUGUGGUCAAGCUACUCACCAUCGCCGGCGGAAACACCGUACGCGACCACGGCAAAUCUCUCGCGCAAGACCUCUCCUUGCGAAGAGCAGAAACGAACACAAGCAACCGUCCAGUAAUCUUCAUAGCCCACAGCCUCGGCGGUCUCGUCGUCGAACAAGCCCUCCUAAUCUCGCGCGGCACAUCCCAACUGCACGUAAAAUCACUCCUCACCUCCACCUUCGCAAUAGCCUUCAUGGGAGCUCCCCACCUCGGCUCUCGAAAAGCAGACUGGGCGGCCCCUCUAACCCGCCUCUCCUCCCUCGUCCUCAAAACCAACAAACAAAUCGUCGCAGUCCUAGAACCCGCCUCAGAAAUGCUAUCAACCCUCCAACAAGAAUUCCACACCCUCCUCGAAGACCGGCGACGCAACGAAGGGAAAUGGAUCGAGAUAUUCUGUUUCUACGAGGAGUUGAGUUACACGGGUAUAGGAGAUAUCGUGCCGCGACAAUCAGCCAUCUUGCCCGAGUACCCCAAUGACAGUAUCCAUCAAAACCACUCUGAUAUGACAAAGUUUAGUGGGAAGGCAGAUCCGGGAUCAGAGCACGCAUCCAAUGUACCCAAUGGCAUGGCAGUAUCUGAGUUGGAAGGCUCGGGAGAAAGGCAACCGGCGCGGAGGGAGGAAGGGGUACAGGAAAUUGGGAGCAGUCGGACUGGUGCCAUCUUAUCCGGAGGCGGCCCAAUCUUCAUGGGCAAUAUCAGUGCUGGACAGGACUUUAGUUACACCCAACGCUCAUCCUAA